AUCAGAGAAAGAAAUGCGGUGAUGUUCAAUAAUGAUUUGAUGGCAGAUGUACAUUUUGUUGUUGGCCCACCAGGUGGGACUCAGCGGUUGCCAGGACACAAAUAUGUCUUAGCUGUUGGGAGCUCUGUCUUCCAUGCGAUGUUUUAUGGAGAACUUGCUGAGGACAAAGAUGAAAUCCGUAUACCAGAUGUUGAACCUGCUGCUUUUCUUGCUAUGCUGAAGUAUAUCUAUUGUGAUGAAAUUGACUUGGCUGCAGACACAGUGCUGGCCACACUGUAUGCUGCCAAAAAGUACAUUGUCCCUCACCUUGCCCGAGCCUGUGUGAAUUUCCUGGAGACCAGCCUGAGUGCCAAGAACGCCUGUGUGCUGCUCUCCCAGAGCUGCCUGUUUGAAGAGCCAGACCUGACCCAGCGUUGCUGGGAGGUGAUCGACGCCCAGGCCGAGUUAGCUCUCAAGUCUGAGGGGUUCUGUGAUAUUGACUUCCAGACGCUAGAAAGUAUCCUUCGCAGGGAAACUCUGAAUGCCAAAGAAAUUGUCGUUUUUGAGGCAGCUCUCAACUGGGCUGAAGUAGAAUGCCAGCGACAAGAUCUAGCUUCAAGCAUUGAAAAUAAACGCAAAGUCUUAGGAAAGGCACUUUACUUGAUCCGCAUACCCACAAUGGCCCUUGAUGACUUUGCAAAUGGUGCUGCCCAGUCCGGAGUAUUAACUCUCAACGAGACCAAUGACAUCUUCCUGUGGUACACUGCCGCCAAAAAGCCUCAGUUGCAGUUUGUAAGUAAAGCUCGGAAGGGUCUCGUCCCCCAGCGCUGUCACCUUUUCCAGUCCUGUGCCUAUCGAAGCAACCAGUGGCGCUAUCGGGGCCGCUGUGACAGCAUCCAAUUU